UAAAUGAAUAUAUUAUAAAUACAAUAUAUAUAUUUAAUACAUAUUUUUAUGUAUAUCGAAGUACAUAUGAACUCAUUCCACAUUUUAAUAAAUAGAAUCCUUUUAGUAUUCGCUUGCAUCGAAUAUAAUACAUUUUGAGCUAUCCAGAAAAAUCUUGAGAUUGAUAAAGAAUUUGUAAUAUACAAAGUGACAUUUAUAUGUAUUUAAAUUUCUUUAUGAAAUUAUUGUUGUUCGUUAUGAAACUCAACAGUGCGCAUAAUGUGUGUUUUCCAUUUCUUCUAUUGUGUUUCGAAUCAUACUCUUAAUGAUUCGUAUUCUUAAAUUUUUCAAGUUAAAAUCGUAUUAAAAAAAAAAAAAAAUCUAUCGUCGUAUCAAGUCUUAAGCAUGAUUUUACGAUUUGAACUUUGACCUAUGUCUUUUAUAUAUGAUAAAAAAGCUUAACUCAAUUAUGAUUGGUCGUUGAAGGUAUAUUAAGUAAAAUAUAUACAAAUAAAAGUAUAUAUCUAUAGACAGAAAUUGUUAAAUAUUUAAUAGAAGAAGAAUAGUGAAAAAAUCAAAUAGUGAAAGAAGAAAAAAUUGGUGUGAUUAAUAUAAUUUAACAUUUAGUAUGAUUUUUGUCAGAAAAGAAGUUUGUUACUCACUGUUGAGACUGUAAAAGUGAAACUGUUAAGUAUAAAGAAGCGUGAUUAUUGAUUUUAAUGCUGUAAUAUAGAAGAAGUAUAAUCUUUUGGUGCAUGACCAUCUUUGUGACCAUAAAAAAUGAUGAAUUAUUUCGGAAUGAUCUUUGUUGCCAUUAUUCUUAUAAUAUCAUGCAUCUUAUUCAAAACGAGCAGAACUUUUCGUUAUUAUAUCAAAUAUCUCAUCUUUACUCUACAUAUAGGAACAUUUACAGCAUUUUUAAUUCCAAUUUUUAUAUUUCGACCAAGAAAUGUGAAAAACUUACGAAUACUAGCAAUGGUAGUAGCCCCUAUUACCAAAAUCAUCGGAGUAAAUUGGGAAUUAAGAGGAAGAGACAUAUUGGAACAAAACAGAACGUAUAUAAUAGUAUCAAAUCAUCAAAGUCUUUUAGAUUUCUUGGGAAUGUAUCAAAUAUGGCCAAUAAUGAAUAAAUGCACAGCUAUAGCGAAACGAGAGAUUUUCUAUUUGUGGCCGUGUGGUUUAGCUGCUUGGCUUGGCAGAUUAAUAUUUAUAGACAGGAUGAACUCGGAUUCUGCUCGAAUUGUUCUUAAUAACGCCACGGAUUAUAUUAAAAAAAAUAAUAUUAAAUUAUGGAUAUAUCCGGAGGGAACCAGACGAAGUACUGGCACGAUACACACGUUUAAGAAAGGUGCUUUUCACGUUGCUAUACGUGCUCAAUUACCAAUAGUGCCAGUUGUCUUCUCUUCCUAUUAUUUCUUAUCCAAGAGGGAAAAGAAGUUUGAGUCUGGCCGAGUUAUUAUAAAAGCAUUGCCAGAAAUAUCAACGAAAGGGUUAACGGUUGACGAUGUUGAUAGUUUGUUGGAAAAAACACGAAACAUUAUGAUCGAUGCUUUUAAUGAAAUUAAUAGAGAAAUACAAUUUUCAAAUAAUUCUAGUAGCUCUUAAAUCAAAGCGAUAAAAGUAUCAUGUUAAUAUAAGUUAAAAUAAGUAAAUUAGAUAUUGUUAUUUUUUGUGUAAUUGUAAUUAUAGCGGAUAAUGAAUGUCAGUAUUGUAAAAAUGCUGCGAUGCAUAAUGAUUAUUUUAUUCAAUAUUUUAAAUUUAAUGAUAAAACAAAAUCAAAUAAAAUGAUCAACAAUCAAAUGAGAACUUGAUCUCUCUAGGAGGAUAUCUAUAUUAUACUUGUGAAUAGAUCUCCUUCCUUGAAGUCAUAAGAAUUAAAAAUCUGUCGAUUAU